AGCAGCCAUAACGCACAUUGCUCAGAGAAUUUGUUCGUUUCGUAAAUUUUUGGUAAUAAUUUUCCAUACAAAUAAAAUGUCCGGAACCAUUGACGAGGGCGCUGUUGGAGGCGAUGGCGAUGUGAACAAUAAUAACACAGAUCUGGCCACCGCCAACGAGCAGGAGGAAGUGCAGCCACAGCCACAGCCACAGCUGGAACAGCAGCAGCCACAAAAUGAGCUGCUCGAUAUGGUUUUCACAUUGGAGAGCGAAAAACAGGCGUUGCUAGAGGAGUCUCGCAAGAGAAUCGGAGCACUUCGAAAAGAUUUUGAGGAGGCGAAAUUCGAGAAUGAGCGCUUGAAGAAACGUGUUGCACAGCUGGAGCAGGCCCUCAAGCAGUCCGUCAUGCUGGGCGGCACAGAGGCGCCCAAGUCACGCCAAGAACAGGAGGAGCUGCUGCUCAAGGCAAAGACGCUGCUGUUCGAGAAGACCAAGGUGAACAAGCAGCAGGAACAGCAAAUCUCUGUGCUGAAGCAGCAGGUGGAGUCCGUAAAGGAGGUGGUGCAAGUGACCAAGGACAUGCUGCAGCUGAAGACGACAGAGUGCGAGCACACACAGGAGCGUCUGGAGAAGAGCCAGCUGUGGAUCAAGGCCGAGCAGGACAAGUGCGCGCUGACCGAGAAGAAGCUGGUCAUAUCCAAGGGCGUGUACGACAAGUUGCGGGCGGAGUACGACACACAGUCGAAGAUUUUCAAGGAGCUGAGGUCCGCCUACGAGCAGAAGCUAAAGGUUCUGAGCGUUGCAUUGGAGGAGGCCAAAAAAUAGUGGAACAAUUUAAUAAACUAUGUUAAUUAAAUGCA